AUAAGAUUGCUCCAAAAGAAAUGAUCUCACCACCCAACAAUACUGUACAAUGCCUCACACGAUGCAUAUUCUAACUCCUGCAAACAUGCAACCUUGCUGUCCGCGGGAGACUGGACUCAAAAGAUUAUGGUGGAUAUAAGUCCUCGAAUCUGUUGAAUUAUGCUCUUGAGCGAGGAGAGAAGAGUUCUGUGUUUGCCCAGGAUUGCGGUCGCUAUUCAUAGUUUAGGUCAAUUUAAGCCCAAACUGUUGGUAAAUUAGUACCUAUAUAUAUAUAUGGGAGAACUUGGUGGGAACAGCCAGUCUCUGGUUGGAGGGAAGGGGCAGAAUGGAUCACCUACAAGCAAGUCACACAAUCAGGCGUCAUCCUCCAAGGAGUCAGUUUCUAAUAAAGACCGAACUGCUCCAAUCCCAGCUUCUGUAACUUCUGAAAUACAAUUUGGUUGUCUUGUUUGUUCGGGAAACAAUAGUUGCCAAACAGUUCGUUCAAGAACAAAGUUGAUGAACAUUUUGAUUGAGAAGGGAAAACCUAGCGAGGUACAUUCAGUUUUCAGGGAUUUAACUGAAGAGGGACAUAGACCAACACUUGUAACAUAUACUACUGUUUUAGCUGCUUUAACCCUCCAGAAACGCUUCAAGUCUAUUCCUUUACUCCUUUCUAAGGUUGAGGAAAAUGGAUUAAAACCAGACUCAAUAUUCUUCAAUGCCAUGAUCAAUGCCUUUUCUGAAUCUGGUAAUGUCAAGGAAGCAAUGAAAAUUUUCAAAAAAAUGAGGGACAAAGGAUGUAAACCGACAAUUAGUACAUUUAAUACAUUAAUUAAAGGGUUUGGGAUCAUAGGCAAGCCUGAGGAAUCCUUGAAACUGUUGGAAAUGAUGUCUAUGGAAGAGAAUGUGAAACCCAAUGACAGAACAUAUAACAUUCUUGUCCGAGCUUGGUGUAGUAAGAAAAACAUACCAGAAGCGUGGAAUGUGGUUUACAGAAUGGUUGCCUCUGGUGUGAGCCCUGAUGUUGUUACAUACAAUACAAUAGCUCAGGCUUAUGCUCAGAAUGGAGAGACAAGUAGAGCAGAAGCAAUGAUCUUUCAAAUGCAAAACAACAAUAUAACACCUAAUCAACGGACAUGUGGUAUCAUUGUGGACGGGUACUGUAAGGAAAGUAAUAUGACAGAUGCACUGAGAUUUGUUUACAGGAUGAAGGAUCUUGGGGUGAAUCCAAAUCUUGUCAUAUUCAACUCUCUUAUUAAAGGAUUCCUAGAUGUUACUGACACUAAUGGAGUUGAUGAGACACUGACAUUGAUGGAAGAACUUGGAGUGAAACCUGAUGUGAUAACAUUUAGCACCAUCAUGAAUGCAUGGAGUUCGGCUGGACUAAUGGACCAAUGUGAAGAAAUCUUUGAUGACAUGCAAAAGGCUGGCAUUGAACCCGACAUUCACGCAUUCAGCAUCCUUGCCAAAGGUUAUGUGCGUGCGGGAGAACCUGAAAAGGCGGAGGCACUCCUGGAAAUUAUGGAUAAAUCAAGAGUGCACCCAAACGUGGUAAUUUUCACUACAAUUAUCAGUGGUUUGUGCAGUACAGGAAAGAUGGAAUAUGCCUUGAAGAUGUACGAGAAGAUGUGUAAAGUGGAUAUAUCCCCCAAUCUGAAAACUUUCGAGACACUAAUAUGGGGAUACGGAGAAGCAAAACAGCCAUGGAAAGCAGAGGAGCUCCUGGAAAUCAUGGAAAAUAUGGGUGUUGUGCCCCGGAAAAAUACGAUCCAGCUUGUUGCUGAUGCGUGGCGUGCAAUUGGUUUCCUGAAUGAGGCCAUAAGAAUCAUGAAUGGGACGCCAAAUGAUCAGCCAUUAAUGAUGAAUACUAGCAAUGGGAGGCAAGCUGAGGACCAGGGAAAAGUACAUCAGAAAGAAGAAUCAAUUGCUUCUUAUUCAAAUCUUUGGCAAAUUCCUGGAACUAUAGUGACCAAUCAAAAUGUGUCAGAUGUAGUUAACUUGAGAAGCCAGACACUGUUCAAAAGAUCAAAAUUAUCAUCUGAAAGCCUCAGUAUGGCAAACAAGUCCAUGUUAGUCACUCGCAGUUGUGGGCUUAAGGUAAAAUCAUUGAUGGAAUUUCCCAGGCAAUUCCACAUUCAGGUAGGCAUCCACGAGUAUGUGAAUCCAUGUAGAUUGGUUUUCUGAUACUGUCAAAUUUCUUACUCCACACCGAUGGAAGUUUUUUUUAUUUAAGCCUCCUGCAUGAUUUAUUACACACUCCAAUGGUGUGAGAAAAGCUCUCAAAAUCACCAUCUGCCAUAUUUGACAUACAUUAUUGUAAUCAGCUAUUCCAGGCAGAGAAAGAUACAGCAACAUACUUCACUGUACUAUUUCCUCAGACAAAAAUGAAAAGAAAGUCAUUCUCAUGCUC